AUGUUAAAGGCUGUUCUGAAGAAGAGCCGAGAGGGAGGAAAAGGAAGCAAGAAGGAAUCAGUUCUCAAAAGUGUAGUGAAGAAGAGCAAACUGGGGGGUGGGGGCAGGGAGAAAAAUGCAGGAGGUGACUUUGAUCCAGAGACUACUCCAGCACUUCCUCCUGGACAUGGUGGAGAAUUUCCUGUUAACAGUGUUCCUGUAGCAGAGGACACCUACCGAGUGAGCUUGGCCAAAGGUGUCUCUAUGUCUUUGCCUUCAUCACCUCUGCUGCCUCGACAGUCUCAUUUGGUACAAUCAAGAUCAAACAAGAAAUCUCCAGGUCCCGUCAGGAAGCCCAAGUAUGUGGAAAGCCCCAGAGUGCCUGGAGAUGCAGUUUUAAUCCCAUUCAGAGACGUGCCCAAGCCACCAGAGACCAAUGAGAAUGAAACUAAGGCUGAUGAUGAACCGGGCUGUUCACCUGCUGCCCAAGAACUGUUGACAAGGCUGGGAUUUUUGCUGGGAGAAGGAAUCCCAAGUGCCACACAUAUAACCAUUGAAGAAAAAAAUGAAGCCAUGUGUACAGCUCCGAGCCAAGGCAUCAGCCCCUGCUCCACGCUAACAAGCAGCACCGCAUCUCCCAGCACCGAUAGCCCCUGCUCAACCUUGAAUAGCUGUGUCAGCAAGACAGCAGCCAACAAAAGUCCCUGUGAGACCAUUAGCAGCCCUAGUUCCACCCUGGAAAGCAAGGACAGUGGAAUUAUAGCCACAAUUACAAGUUCAUCCGAAAAUGAUGACCGGAGUGGCUCCAGUUUGGAAUGGAGUAAAGACGGAAGCCUAAGGUUGGGGGUUCAGAAGGGAGUACUCCAUGAUCGCAGGGCAGAUAAUUGCUCCCCAGUGGCAGAAGAGGAGACCACAGGGUCAGCGGAGAGCCUGCUGCCCAAGGCUGAAGGCUCAGUUGGAGAUGGUCCAAUUCCUUAUUCUCAGAGCUCCAGCUCAUUAAUAAUGCCACGGCCCAACUCAGUUGCAGCGACAAGCUCAACCAAAUUAGAAGAUCUGAGUUACUUAGAUGGGCAGCGAAACGCUCCACUUCGAACAUCCAUUAGAUUACCAUGGCACAGCACAGCAGGAGCACGAUUUGCUCCCUACAAGCCACAAGACAUUUUGUUGAAACCCUUGUUGUUUGAAGUGCCGAGUAUAACAACAGAUUCUGUGUUUGUGGGAAGGGAUUGGCUCUUUCACCAGAUAGAAGAGAACUUGAGGAACACAGAACUGGCAGAAAAUAGAGGCGCCGUUGUUGUUGGAAAUGUGGGAUUUGGGAAGACGGCAAUCAUCUCAAAGUUGGUGGCACUUAGCUGCCAUGGAGGCCGCAUGAGGCAGAUCGCGUCCAACAGCCCCAGCUCAUCACCUAAAACUUCAGAUCCCUCCCAGGAUCCCUCUUUCACCCCAUUACUUUCACCCGGCUCUUCCACAAGUGGUCCCCACACAGCUAAGUCACCCCCUGGGCCUGGGUCUGGUCCUCCCGAAAACCAGAGAUCCAGAGAAGAUGCGGUGAAAUACCUUGCGUCUAAGGUCGUGGCCUACCACUACUGCCAGGCCGACAACACAUACACCUGCCUGGUGCCUGAGUUUGUGCACAGCAUCGCCGCUUUGCUCUGCCGGUCCCACCAGCUCACUGCCUACAGAGAGCUUCUCAUCAAGGAGCCCCAGCUCCAGAGCAUGCUGAGUCUGCGAUCCUGUGUGCAGGACCCCGUGGCAGCUUUCAAGAGGGGCGUCCUGGAGCCGCUCACAAACCUGAGACACGAGCAGAAAAUUCCUGAAGAAGAAUACAUUAUUUUGAUAGAUGGCUUAAAUGAAGCUGAGUUUCAUAAACCUGAUUAUGGAGAUACACUUUCUUCAUUCAUUACCAAAAUUAUUUCUAAAUUUCCUGCCUGGUUGAAGUUGAUUGUGACUGUAAGAGCCAAUUUUCAGGAAAUCACGAGCUCACUGCCAUUUGUCAAGCUUUCAUUAGAUGACUUCCCGGACAACAAAGACAUUCACAGCGACCUGCACGCCUACGUCCAGCACAGAGUGCACAGCAGCCAGGACAUCCUCAGCAACAUCUCGCUCAAUGGCAAGGCCGACGCCGCCCUCAUCGGCAAAGUGAGCAGCCACCUGGUGCUGCGGAGCCUCGGCUCCUACCUGUACCUGAAGCUCACCCUGGACCUCUUCCAGAGGGGACAUUUGGUCAUCAAAAGCGCCAGCUACAAGGUCGUGCCGGUGUCUCUGUCCGAACUGUACUUGCUGCAGUGCAAUAUGAAGUUCAUGACUCAGUCUGCCUUCGAGAGAGCACUCCCCAUUCUAAACGUGGCCCUGGCCUCUCUCCACCCCAUGACGGAUGAGCAGAUCUUCCAGGCCAUCAAUGCUGGUCACGUUCAAGGGGAACAGGGGUGGGAUGACUUUCAGCAGAGAAUGGACGCCCUCUCCUGCUUCCUUAUCAAACGGAGGGACAGAACCCGCAUGUUCUGCCAUCCAUCCUUCAGGGAGUGGCUGGUAUGGAGAGCAGAUGGGGAGAAUACAGCCUUCCUGUGUGAGCCCAGGAAUGGACAUGCUCUGCUGGCGUUCAUGUUCUCUCGCCAGGAGGGCAAACUCAACCGCCAGCAGACCAUGGAGCUCGGCCACCACAUCCUCAAGGCACACAUUUUCAAGGGCCUCAGCAAGAAGACAGGAAUCUCAUCUAGCCAUCUCCAGGCCCUGUGGAUCGGUUACAGCACUGAGGGGCUGUCGGCUGCCCUUGCUUCUCUCAGGAACCUCUACACUCCCAAUGUGAAGGUGAGCCGUCUCCUGAUCUUGGGAGGAGCCAAUGUGAACUACAGGACAGAAGUGUUGAACAAUGCCCCAAUCCUGUGCGUCCAGUCUCACCUCGGUCACGAGGAAGUGGUCACUCUGCUCCUGGAAUUCGGUGCCUUCCUGGACGGAAUGUCGGAGAAUGGCAUGACAGCCCUCUGCUAUGCAGCAGCUGCCGGCCACAUGAAGCUGGUGUCUCUGCUGACCAAGAGGGGUGCCAGGGUGGACCACUUGGACAAGAAAGGCCAGUGUGCACUUGUGCACAGUGCACUGAGGGGCCAUGGAGACAUUCUCCAGUACCUGCUGACCUGUGAGUGGUCUGAGGGUCCCCACGUGCCAGGGACGCUGAGGAAAAGCCAAGCCUUGCAGCAGGCGCUGACGGCAGCCGCCAGCAUGGGCCACAGCUCGGUGGUCCAGUGCUUGCUGGGAAUGGAAAAGGAACAUGAAAUAGAAGUCAAUGGCACGGACACGUUGUGGGGAGAAACAGCUCUCACUGCUGCUGCAGGAAGAGGGAAGCUGGAGGUCUGCGAGCUGCUGCUGGACCAUGGAGCCAUCGUGUCUCGGACUAACAGGCGAGGGGUCCCACCUUUGUUUUGUGCAGCACGACAGGGACAUUGGCAGAUUGUGAGGUUGCUCCUGGAGUGCGGCUGUGACGUGAACCUGAGUGAUAAGCAGGGGCGGACGCCUCUCAUGGUGGCUGCAUGUGAAGGGCACUUGAGCACUGUGGAAUUUCUCCUUUCUAAAGGUGCUGUCCUUUCUUCUCUGGACAAAGAGGGUCUGUCAGCAUUAAGCUGGGCUUGUCUGAAAGGUCACAGGACGGUGGUCCAGUAUCUAGUUGAAGAAGGAGCCGAGAUAGACCAGACAGACAAGAACGGUCGCACGCCCUUGGACCUGGCAGCCUUCUACGGGGAUGCAGAGACGGUGCUGUACCUGGUGGAGAAGGGCGCGGUGAUCGAGCACGUGGACCACAGCGGCAUGCGGCCCCUGGACAGGGCCAUCGGUUGUCGGAACACGUCUGUGGUGGUGACACUGCUGCGCAAAGGAGCCAAACUGGGAAAUGCAGCUUGGGCGAUGGCCACUUCCAAACCUGACAUUUUGAUUAUACUUCUACAGAAAUUAAUGGAGGAAGGAAACAUGAUGUACAAAAAAGGGAAGAUGAAGGAAGCAGCCCAGCGGUACCAGUACGCCUUAAGGAAGUUUCCUCGAGAAGGACUCGGGGAAGACAUGAGACCGUUUAAUGAAUUAAGAGUUUCCCUCUAUCUCAAUUUGUCUCGCUGCCGAAGAAAAACCAACGACUUUGGCAUGGCAGAAGAAUUUGCCUCCAAGGCUCUCGAACUGAAACCCAAGUCUUACGAAGCCUAUUAUGCCAGGGCAAGAGCCAAGAGAAAUAGCAGGCAGUUUGUGGCAGCCCUGGCUGACCUGCGGGAAGCUGUGAAACUCUGUCCCACCAAUCAGGAGAUCAAGAGGCUUCUGGCCCGCGUGGAAGAGGAGUGCAAGCAGCUCCAGAAGAGCCAGCAGCAGAAGCUGCAGGGUACCCCGCCAGCACCCAACGAUUCGGACAACGAGGAGGACACCUCCGCCUCGGGCCUCAACGACCACUUUCAUAUCGAAGAGACAGAAGAGGAAGAAGAGGCUUCUCCACAGGAGGAAUCCACUCCUGUGCCCCCACGGCCCCCGCCUUCGGCGUCCGCCCCCUCCCCGUACAUCCGGACCCUCCAAGAAGGUCUGCAGGCCCGAGCGAGGCCCGCGUCGCCGCAGAGCAGGCCCGGGGCCGGUAGGCCCCCGCGGGAGCCCGUGGCGCAGCCGGGGGUGGUGGUGCAGCCCACGAAGCAGGCGCAGAUCGUGAAGACCAGCCAGCACCUGGGCUCCGGGCACGCUGCGGGCAGGAACCCUCCCCCGAGUCCCAUGCCCGGGAGGGGCCCCGCAGCUCCUGCUGGCAGCAGAAACCAGCCUGUGGAGGGGACCCUCCCCGUGGGAGGCGGCUCCAGCACCUUUGGGGAUCGGCUGGGCCCGGGCAGUGUCCACCUGCAGCGCAGCGACAGCGGCACCGCCUACCCAUUGCCAAGCAAGGUGAAAACCGCCGAGAGGCUUCUGUCUCAGGCCUCCGUGGCCGUGGACGUGGCCCCCCCAGCCCAAGGCGGGCCCGUGGGCUGUGGCGACGGGCGACACCCGGCCUCCCUCGCCAGCUCAGGCUCCUCCGGGUCUCCAUCCAGCAGCGUAAAGAUGUCAAGUUCGACCAGUAGCUUGACUUCAAGCAGCAGCUUCUCAGAUGGCUUCAAGGUCCAGGGACCUGAUGCACGUGUGAAAGACAAGGUCAUUAACCAGGUUCCCAGCAGUACUGGCGAGCACAGACCCCGAAACACUCCCUUCAUGGGCAUCAUGGAUAAGACUGCGAGGUUCCAACAGCAGAGCAACCCUCCACACCGCCCCUGGGCCUGUCAGGUGCCCGAGGGACGGGCGGCAGGCACGCCUGCCACGGGCCUGCACCCCUCAAACUCCGAGAAACCCCCUCUCAAACACGUCGGGGGUUAUAAUCAAGCCUUUUCAGCUACCCUGGGUGGGAGUGUCCACAAUGGCGCGCAGGUGAAGGAACUAGAAGAAAAAUGCCAAAUUCCAGUCCACUGUCCAGAGAGCAGGGUAACCAAGACUGUAUCACAUGCCUUUCAGGAAAGUGUCUCCAAACAGCAGCCUCAUGUCAGCAGUGAAGCCCACAGGAGUCACCUCCCUUCAGCGAAACCAAAGCGAUCAUUCAUAGAGUCAAAUGUGUGA